AUGUCCUGUGUCAAUUUUGGCGAUAAAAAUUCAGGCUACCAGGUGGGAAUCAAUGAAGGGGUAAUAAACUUUUCAGCAGAACAACUGGAGCCCCGCCCGGAGCCUCUUUCGACAGUGCCAUUCCCGCAUGAUCCAGACUUUGUUAGCAGAAUUGCAAUCCUUGAUCAGAUUCGCGAAAAAGCCUCAGUUCCGGGAUCUCGCAUAGCUCUCUUCGGUCUCGGCGGUGUUGGGAAAACACAACUUGCCAUCGAAUAUGCUCAUCAGCUCCGACAGCAGUCGGCGGAAACGUGGGUUUUCUGGAUCCAUGCAAGUAACACGGCCCGCUGUGAAGAGAGUCUCCGUGGCCUGGCGGAUCGGGUCAAAAUUCCCGGGCGACAGGUUCACAAUGUCAAUAUAUUCCAACUCGUCGGAAAUUGGUUACAGGAUGAGAAUAUUGGAAGAUGGGUUCUCGUCCUCGAUAAUAUCGACGACGAUGAGCUCUUUCGCAGACCCAUGGCUACCAGCACAGGAGACCAGAUCAACAUGCAAAGCAAUGCCUCGGCGCAACCGCCGAUGAGGUACCUCCUCGGAAGCACUACUGGGACCAUCAUCAUCACUAGUCGGGAUAGAAAUGUAGCACUAGAGGUCGCGAAUCAUGCAAACGUCAUCGAAGUGCAACCAAUGAAUGAUGCCGAAGCGUUGGUUUUGCUGCAAAAGAAGUUAAACACGCCGGAACAUGAAAAUUUGACGCAGCUAGCUCAAGAGCUUGAAUAUAUGCCACUCGCGAUCGUACAAGCUGCUAGUUAUAUCACACAUCGAUCACCCCUUUGUUCAGUGUCGCAAUACCUCCAAAAGAUCCGAAAAAGUGACCGCGAAGCAGUGCGCGUGCUGAACGAGGAGGCCGGUCUUGUCUACCGAGACUGGGAAGCCAAGAACUCCAUUCUGCUCACAUGGCAAAUUUCAUUUGAUUUUAUUCGCCGGAAAAGGCCGUCUGCAACGGACUUGCUGUCUUUGAUGAGUUUUUUCGACCGGCAGGGAAUCACCAAAGAUAUUCUUCAAGUUCAGCAAAACCAGGAAAGAGGCGAGGAGGAUAGCUCAAACACUUCAGACACGGAUAGCGAAUCUCGUAAUGAACUGGACGCCGAUUUUGAAGACGAUAUAAUGACUCUUCGCGACUUUGCACUGAUAGCGGUCGGAAGAGACGGCAUGUCUUUCACGAUGCAUCGACUAGUGCAGCUAACAAUACGCACAUGGCUGAAGACCCAUAACCAGCUUGAACACUGGAAAGGACAAUUUAUCGAAAAGCUGUAUUCUGAAUUUCCGACGACCGGUCAACAUGAGAAUUGGGAGAAAUGCCGCUCGCUUUUUCCACAUGUGAAAGGAGCAGUGUCGCAACGACCAGAAUCCCAACACUAUGUUCAGCAAUGGACUGAGCUACUCUAUAGAGGGGCAUGGUAUGCGCAAGAACUCGGGUAUAUCACAGAAUCAAGGGAAAUGGCAUCAAGAUCAAGAAAGUUCCGAUUGGAGAUUCUAGGUAAAGAGAGUGAGGAGACUAUUGCUAGCACUGCAAUGUUAGCAGGAGCAUACUGUUUCGAAGGCCGAUGGGAGGAGGCCGAGCAUCUCCAGGUGCAGGUGAUGGAGAUAAGUAAAACGAAGCUCAGCGCCGACCAUCCUGAUACGCUCACGAGCAUGGCCAACCUCGCGGUGACAUAUUGGAAUCAGGGCCGGUGGGACGAGGCUGAGCAUCUCCAGGUGCAGGUGAUGGAGAUGAGCAAGACGAAGCUCGGCGCCGAUCAUCCUAAUACGCUAAAGAGCAUGGCUAACCUCGCGGUGACAUAUUGGAAUCAGGGCCGGUGGGAGGAGGCCGAGCAUCUCCAGGUGCAGGUGAUAGAGAUGAGCAAGACGAAGCUCGGCGCCGAUCAUCCUAAUACGCUAAAGAGCAUGGCUAACCUCGCGGUGACAUAUUCGCAUAAGGGCCAGUGGGAGGAGGCUGAGCAGCUUGACGUACAGGUGAUGGAGGCCCGCAAGGCGAAGCUCAGCGCCGACCAUCCUGAUACGCUGACGAGCAUGGCUAAUCUGGCGUCGAGGUAUUGGAAUCAGGGCCGGUGGGGGGAGGCCGAGCAGCUUGACAUACAGGUGAUGGAGAUAAGUAAAACGAAGCUUGGCGCCGACCAUCCUAAUACGCUCACGAGCAUGGCCAACCUCGCGGUAACAUAUCGGAAUCAGGGCCGGUGGGACGAGGCCGAGCAUCUCCAGGUGCAGGUGAUGGAGAUAAGUAAAACGAAGCUUGGCGCCGACCAUCCUAAUACGCUCACGAGCAUGGCCAACCUCGCGGUAACAUAUCGGAAUCAGGGCCGGUGGGACGAGGCUGAGCAUCUCCAGGUGCAGGUGAUGGAGAUGAGCAAGACGAAGCUCGGCGCCGAUCAUCCUAAUACGCUAAAGAGCAUGGCUAACCUCGCGGUGACAUAUUCGCAUAAGGGCCGGUGGGAGGAGGCCGAGCAGCUUAACGUACAGGUGAUAGAGGCCCGUAAGGCGAAGCUCGGCGCCGACCAUCCUGAUACGCUGACGAGCAUGGCUAAUCUGGCGUCGAGGUAUUGGAAUCAGGGCCGGUGGGGGGAGGCCGAGCAUCUCGAGGUGCAGGUGAUGGAGGCCCGCAAGGCGAAGCUCGGCGCCGACCAUCCUAAUACGCUGACGAGCAUGGCCAAUCUGGCUUUCACGUUGAAAUCUACUGGUCGGUGUUCAGAAGCAAUCGAUUUGCUCAAAACCUGCCUUACCAAGCAGCAACGGAUUUUAGGUUCCGCCCAUCCUAAUACAGUGUUCAAUUCCGACACUUUGUUGGCAUGGGAAACUGGGGAUCUGGCUAUCGUGUCAUGA